GCUGCAGCUAGUUGGCUGCUCCGUGCUUUAGAGAUACCUGCAGUGAUUCUAGUGUCGCGAGUUACACGGUCAAAAUUCCCCAAAAAAGAUGUCCGUGCGGUAAUAAUACUAAAAAUAAAAGUGGUCUUUCCAAUACGUAUCCUACCUGUCACGGCGUAAACAUUAACAGUGUGCUAUACCUAGAAGAUAUUUUUCUCCUCUGCAUACCAGAAGACAAUUUCUUGGCUACCAUCCGAGAACGAAUUGUUCGAGUUUUUAGAUGAACAUUUUUUCGUUAGUCUCAUUGCUACAGCAUUCCCAUCGUACCACAAAUCACAACAGUGUACAAGCACUUAGUGUCAGCAUGCUGUCGGUGAGGAGUAUUUUACUGCUCCUAGGGACCUUCGUCCUCUUGUCAGGAAAAGGAUCCAAUGCUGACCUCGAGAACAAGGAAUGGUGGGAAAACACCAUCGUCUAUCAGAUUUGGCUAAGGGGCUUUCAAGAUAGCGAUGGGGACGGCGAGGGAGACAUUCGUGGUAUAAUUAAUCGUCUCGAUCACUUGGAACAGCUGGGACUGGAAACGAUCUGGCUGAGUCCUAUCUACACGUCCCCAUUAAUUGACUCUGGUUAUGAUGUUUCUGAUUAUGUAAAUAUCAAUCCACUUUUUGGAACUCUCGAUGAUUUCAAUGAGCUCGUUGAAAAAGCUCAUGAUAAAGAUCUCAAAGUAAUGCUGGAUGUCGUACCUAAUCACUCCAGUGAUGAACAUUAUUGGUUCAAUGCUUCUGUACACAGUGUUGAGCCAUACACUAGUUAUUAUACCUGGGCCAAUGGGACUGUGGUAAAUGGCACAAAUGUUCCACCAAAUAAUUGGAUAAGCACUUACAGUACCGAAGCUGGAUCAGCAUGGACUUGGAACGAAAUAAGACAACAAUGGUAUUACCACAAAUUCCAUAGAUCACAACCAGACCUCAACCUACGAAAUGCUGCGGUUGUCCAAGAACUUUUGAAUAUACUCACCUUCUGGCUGGAAAGGGAUGUCGACGGUUUCCACUUCAGUUCGGCGUCCUACCUUUUUGAAAAUGAAGAACUUUUGGAUGAACCAACCGCCGGAUGUGGGUCUCACACUUCCGGUCUUCCUGAGAAUUCCGGGCUUCUGUAUGAAAUUCAUGCUCAUAUUGCUGAUUGGAUAACAAGUAGCAAUUCCACAUCAAAAUUGCUCAUCGCUGGAUCUGACGAUGACGAUAACACUUUAAUAUCUUACUAUGGAAACGACACUCAUACUGGAAUCUCUCCAUUUAACUAUCGAUUAAUAAAAGACAUAAGCGCAAAUACGAAUGCCAGUACGUUAAAAGCAGUAAUUGAAGAAUGGCUAGAGUUAUUACCAGCCAAUCACAGUACAAACUGGGUGCUAUCAAAUCACGACCAUUCACGCGUGCCAUCUAGAAUUAGUUUGAACCAUGUCGAUGGUCUCCAUAUACUCAGUUUUUUGUUACCUGGACAAACUUUCACCUAUUACGGUGAAGAAAUUGGAAUGCUGGAUACCACAAUUAGUUGGAAUCAAACUAUUGAUCCUUUAGCUUGCGCUCAGACUCAGGAUACUUAUACAACUUACUCUAGAGAUCCAGCCAGGACACCCAUGCAAUGGGACACCACGACUUCCGCUGGUUUUUCAACUAACAAUUCAACCUACCUCCCAGUCAAUUCAAACUACUUAACUAGGAAUGUUGAAACACAAUUAAACCACGAUCUGGCCAACAUUCAAACCUUCAAAGCACUCGCGUCUCUUAAAAAAAAAGCAACCAUCACUCAUGGGGAUUAUGAAAUCUCUGCAGUAAACAAUGACCGGGUUCUGGUUUUGAAAAGGUCUCUUGAGGGUUAUUCGACUUACGUAGCCGUCAUCAAUUUAGGCCUGGCACGACAAACUGUUAAUCUUACAGAAUUAUAUUCCGAUGUGCCGGAGUAUCUCUAUAUAGCAGUUGCAUCUAAUAAUGCUGUUACUAAUUCCACGAUGAUCUCUGUUGACACCGUCAUUCUCACGGCAAAUGCUGCUCUGGUACUGACUGAUGAAGAACCUGAAAACACGACGGAGCCUUCGACAGCAACUCCUGACAUUGACCUCGAUAAUCAAGUUAUUGAGGGCAAUCUUGAUUGGUGGCAGUCAGCUGUCAUCUAUCAAAUUUAUCCAAAAUCAUUUCAGGACUCCAAUAACGAUGGCACAGGAGAUUUACCAGGUAUCAUUUCACGCCUUGAUCAUUUGAUUGAUCUGGGUGUCACUGGUUUUUGGUUGGGUUCCAUAUACACGUCACCUCAAAAAGAUGGUGGCUAUGACAUUUCUAACUUUACUGACAUAGAUCCAUUAUUUGGUACCAUCAGAGAUUUCGAAAAACUCAUUGAACAAGCACAUGACAAGGGGUUAAAGGUCAUUAUGGAUUUAGUUCCAAACCACUCUAGUGAUGAACACCCAUGGUUCAUAAAUUCAAUAUCACGUAUUGAACCGUAUACUGACUAUUACGUUUGGGCGGAUGGAUUGGAUGGAUCUGAUGGAAGUGCACCACCUACCAAUUGGCUGAGCGUGUUCGGUGGUUCAGCUUGGACUUGGAACGAGGAGAGACAACAGUAUUAUUAUCAUCAAUUUGACUCCAGGCAGCCUGACUUAAACUUCAGAAAUCCUAAAGUGGUACAGGAAAUCAAUGAUAUUAUCACAUUCUGGCUGGAGAAAGGAGUUGAUGGUUUCCGCAUGAAUGCGAUUUCUCACAUUUUCGAAGAUCCCGAUUUAUUCGAUGAACCCAUUAAUCCAAAUCCUCCAGAAAAUACGAAUGAAACGGAUUAUGAAUUUCUGCUGCACACCUAUACAAAAGAUCAAAUCGAGACUUAUGAAUUAGUCUAUAGUUGGAGAACACUGCUGGAUAGUUACGCAGCAAGGACUGAUAAUGUCACAAGACUUCAGAUUGUAGAAUCUUCUUCUACCUUGGACAAAGUUAUUCCGUACCAAGGAAAUGGAACCCACAAAGGUGCUCAUUUGUCCUUCAACUUCGGUCUCAUAUUGAACGUCACGCAGGCUUCAGGAGCAUCCGUAUUCAUCAACGAGAUAACUUCGUGGUUGAACUCUAUACCACGAAAUAGUACUGCUAAUUGGGUGCUUGGGAAUCAUGAUCAGAGCCGAGUUGCCUCCCGUUUUGGUAUUAAUCGUGCUGAUGGUUUAAACAUGCUCUCUCUUUUACUACCUGGAGUAGCGUUCACUUAUUAUGGCGAGGAGAUUGCUAUGCUGGACACAUGGAUAUCUUUUGAAGACACUCAAGAUCCACAUGGUAUCAACGCUGGACCAGAUCGUUAUGAGCUGUUCUCCAGAGAUCCAGCCAGAACACCAUUUCAGUGGGACAACACCACGUCAGCUGGAUUUUCUGGCAAUGAAACUACAUGGUUGCCAGUCAAUAGCAAUUAUCUGAUUAGAAAUCUUGCGUUACAAGCCUCAAGAGAAAGAAGUGUUUAUAAGACUUAUAAAGCCAUUGUCAAAUUGAAACAGACUGAAACCAUCAGGAGAGGUUCGACAAGACUGUUAUCUCUCUCUGAUGAUAACGUACUGACCUUCAUACGAGAACUUCAUGAUGAGGAUACUUACGUGAUUGUUAUCAAUCUGAGUCCUUAUUCUAAAACUGUCGACCUAUCUGCAUUCGAUGACCUACCCUCAAAAAUCACAGUCUGUUUAGCAAGUGCUAACGCAAUUGGAAGUACUGGAGACACCGUCAAUAUCGAUUCCGUUAGUCUUUCUGCUAACGCUGCUCUGGUACUUUGUACAACGGAUUUCCCAGAUACUGCAAAUGAAGAAAUUAACGGCGAUCUCGACUGGUGGCAGACGGCCGCCAUUUAUCAGAUUUAUCCCAAGUCAUUCAAAGACAGUAAUGGCGACGGCGUUGGUGAUAUUCAGGGUAUCAUCUCGCAGCUUAAUUAUUUUAAAGAUAUUGACAUUGACGCAAUAUGGCUUGGUCCAAUUUAUACUUCACCGCAAAAGGAUGGCGGAUAUGAUAUUAGUAAUUAUCUCGAUAUCGAUCCCCUGUUUGGAUCUACAGAAGAAUUUGAAACGCUCUUGGAUUCAGCACACGAUCAAGGAAUCAAAGUGAUUCUGGACUUUGUUCCAAACCAUUCGAGCGACCAACACGAGUGGUUUGUCAAUUCAGUGGCACGUGUUGCACCAUACACUGACUAUUAUAUCUGGAGAGAUGGCGUUCACACUGCCAAUGGUACAAAUCCACCCAAUAAUUGGAUCAGUGUAUUCGGUGGUUCCGCUUGGACAUGGAAUGAACAAAGGCAACAAUAUUACUUGCAUCAAUUCAGUACUAAUCAGCCAGAUCUCAACUUAGAGAACCAAGAUGUCAUUGAGGAAACCAAUAGGAUUCUAAGAUUUUGGUUAGAGAAAGGCGUCGACGGAUUCCGAAUUGGUUCUGUAUCCCACCUCGUGGAAGAUUCCAGUUUCCGAGACGAACCCAUCAAUGAAAAUGCUGAUGACUCGGUCCUUGAAUCCGAUUAUGAUUACUUGGAGCAUAUCUAUACCACAAACCUAAACACAUCCUUUGAUCUUGUAGUUCACUGGCGAAGUGUCAUUGAUAAUUACGUGGCAACCACAGGAAGUCAAAAGAAAUUUUUAGCUGUAGAGCCAACUUCAAACACUGAAACAGCAUUAAGAUUCCUUGGUAACGACACAAAUCCUGGGGCUCACGCUCCACUCAAUUUCAAUAUUAUUAAAAAUGUUACCCGUGCAACAUCUUCAGCAGAAAUCAUCAGUUUAAUAACAGAAUGGUUGAACUUGCUAUCCAAAAACAUAACUCCCAACUGGGUUCUUGGAAGUCAUGAUUUCAAUCGUGCAUCUUCCCGCUUAGGGGUUAAUCGCAUUGAUGGUCUCCACAUGUUGUCCCUUUUGUUACCUGGACUGUCAGUUACAUAUCAGGGAGAAGAACUUGGUCUUCAGAACGUGCCGGUAUCCUGGAACCAAACGCAAGAUCCUAAGGGUCUGAAUGCUGGUGAAAGUCGAUUCGAGCUCUUCUCUAGAGAUCCAGCUCGCACUCCGUUCUUGUGGGACGGUACAAGCAAUGCAGGUUUCACAACGGGCUCUUCGACGUGGUUACCAAUUACGAGUGAUUUCCCAGAUUGGAAUCUUGCUAUUCAAAGUAGUGAAAACAGAAGCUAUUAUAACACAUAUAAAUCGCUGAUAGAAUUCCGCAAACUGGUAACAUUUAAACGCGGAGCAACCAAAGUCCAGUCUCUGAAUGAUAACAGCGUUAUCGCAUUCAGUCGCGAGCUUUCAAAUGAACAUACUUACUUAGUAGUUAUAAACGUCGACAUCUACCGCACUUCUGUUGAUCUUACUGGAUUUGAUAAUCUUCUCGGCGAAGAUCUUGUCGUGUGCCUAGCUAGUGCAAAUUCCAUAACUGAUACUGGAGCGGACGUAAAUCUCUCCGAAGUACAGCUGUCCGCCAAUGCUGCUCUUCUCGUUUGCCCGAGAUCAGCUCUACCCGAACCAGUUACGACUCCGGCACCUACAACACCCGCAGUCUCUACAGAAUCACCUGUGGAAACAGAACCUAUACUCGCCAAUGAUGAAAUUGGCGGUGAUCUUGAUUGGUGGCAGACUGCUGCAAUUUAUCAAGUGUAUCCGAAAUCCUUUAAGGACAGUAAUGGAGAUGGAGUCGGAGAUAUUCAGGGUAUCAUCUCGCAGUUGGAUCAUUUCACUAACAUUAGUGUCGAUGCCAUCUGGCUCGGUCCAGUAUAUACUUCGCCUCAGUACGAUCAUGGUUAUGACGUGAGCAACUAUCGUGACGUUGACCCACUGCUUGGUACUUUGGCCGACUUGGAAUCACUUCUAGAGAAAGCGCAUGCUAGAGGAAUAAAGAUCAUACUUGAUUUCGUACCGAACCACUCGAGUAUCGAACACGAAUGGUUUGUCAAUUCUGUCGCACGUGUUGCACCAUACACUGAUUAUUAUAUCUGGCGAGAUGGCGUCUCCACUGACAAUGGUACUAAUCCACCGAAUAAUUGGAUCAGUGUAUUCGGUGGUUCUGCUUGGACUUGGAACGAAGAAAGGCAACAAUAUUAUUUGCAUCAAUUUGGAACCAACCAGCCGGAUCUCAAUUUGGAGAACGAGGUUGUAGUUUCUGAGAUCGACGACAUUUUGAGAUUUUGGCUCGAAAAAGAUUUCGAUGGAUUCCGUAUUGGUUCUGUAUCCCACCUGGUAGAAGACUCCAGUUUCCGAGACGAACCCAUCAAUGAAAAUGCUGAUGACUCGGUCCUUGAAUCCGAUUAUGAUUACUUGGAGCAUAUCUAUACCACAAACCUAAACACAUCCUUUGAUCUUGUAGUUCACUGGCGAAGUGUCAUUGAUAAUUACGUGGCAACCACAGGAAGUGAAAAGAAACUUUUAGCUGUAGAGCCAACAUCAAACACUGAAACAGCAUUAAGAUUCCUCGGUAACGACACAAAUCCUGGUGCUCACGCUCCACUCAAUUUCAAAACAUUUAAACGCGGAGCAACCAAAGUCCAGUCUCUGAAUGAUAACAGCGUUAUCGCAUUCAGUCGUGAGCUUUCAAAUGAACAUACUUACUUAGUAGUUAUAAACGUCGACAUCUACCGCACUUCUGUUGAUCUUACUGGAUUUGAUAAUCUUCUCGGCGAAGAUCUUGUCGUGUGCCUAGCUAGUGCAAAUUCCAUAACUGAUACUGGAGCGGACGUAAAUCUCUCCGAAGUACAGCUGUCCGCCAAUGCUGCUCUUCUCGUUUGCCCGAGAUCAGCUCUACCCGAACCAGUUACGACUCCGGCACCUACAACACCCGCAGUCUCUACAGAAUCACCUGUGGAAACAGAACCUAUACUCGCCAAUGAUGAAAUUGGCGGUGAUCUUGAUUGGUGGCAGACUGCUGCAAUUUAUCAAGUGUAUCCGAAAUCCUUUAAGGACAGUAAUGGAGAUGGAGUCGGAGAUAUUCAGGGUAUCAUCUCGCAGUUGGAUCAUUUCACUAACAUUAGUGUCGAUGCCAUCUGGCUCGGUCCAGUAUAUACUUCGCCUCAGUACGAUCAUGGUUAUGACGUGAGCAACUAUCGUGACGUUGACCCACUGCUUGGUACUUUGGCCGACUUGGAAUCACUUCUAGAGAAAGCGCAUGCUAGAGGAAUAAAGAUCAUACUUGAUUUCGUACCGAACCACUCGAGUAUCGAACACGAAUGGUUUGUCAAUUCUGUCGCACGUGUUGCACCAUACACUGAUUAUUAUAUCUGGCGAGAUGGCGUCUCCACUGACAAUGGUACUAAUCCACCGAAUAAUUGGAUCAGUGUAUUCGGUGGUUCUGCUUGGACUUGGAACGAAGAAAGGCAACAAUAUUAUUUGCAUCAAUUUGGAACCAACCAGCCGGAUCUCAAUUUGGAGAACGAGGUUGUAGUUUCUGAGAUCGACGACAUUUUGAGAUUUUGGCUCGAAAAAGAUUUCGAUGGAUUCCGUAUUGGUUCUGUAUCCCACCUGGUAGAAGACUCCAGUUUCCGAGACGAACCCAUCAAUGAAAAUGCUGAUGACUCGGUCCUUGAAUCCGAUUAUGAUUACUUGGAGCAUAUCUAUACCACAAACCUAAACACAUCCUUUGAUCUUGUAGUUCACUGGCGAAGUGUCAUUGAUAAUUACGUGGCAACCACAGGAAGUGAAAAGAAACUUUUAGCUGUAGAGCCAACAUCAAACACUGAAACAGCAUUAAGAUUCCUCGGUAACGACACAAAUCCUGGUGCUCACGCUCCACUCAAUUUCAACAUUGUCAAAAACGCAACAAGUACAUCGUCAUCGUCAGAACUGAUUGGUCUAACAACGGAAUGGCUGAACUUGCUUUCCGGAAAUGUUACUCCGAAUUGGGUCCUUGGAAGUCAUGACUUUGAUCGCGUAUCUUCUCGCUUUGGAAUUAAUCGUGUCGACGGUCUCCACAUGUUGUCUCUCCUGUUACCUGGAAUUUCAGUCACAUAUCAGGGAGAAGAACUUGGUCUUCAGAACGUGCCGGUAUCCUGGAACCAGACGCAAGAUCCUAAGGGUCUGAAUGCCGGUGAAAGUCGAUUCGAGCUCUUCUCCAGAGAUCCAGCUCGCACUCCGUUCUUGUGGGACGGUACAAGCAAUGCAGGUUUCACAACGGGCUCUUCUACAUGGUUGCCAGUCACCAGUAACUUCCAAAACUGGAAUCUUGAUGUUCAAAGUAAUGCGAACAGAAGUUAUUAUAAUACAUAUAAAUCACUCAUAGAAUUCCGCAAGUUGGAAACAUUUAAACGAGGGGCAACCAAAAUCCAAUCUCUAAAUGAUAACACCGUUAUCGCCUUCACCCGCGAGCUUUCAAAUGAACCUACCUACGCAGUGAUCAUCAAUAAUCUAUUCUAUGGCACCACUGUUAGUCUGUCUGGCUUUGAAAGUCUGACGAAUGAAGAUCUUGUGGUGUGUCUAGCCAGUGCCAAUUCUAUUACCACUACAGGGUCCAACGUAACUAUUUCCGAAAUAUCACUAUCUGCCAAUGCCGCUUUGCUACUAUGUCCGCGAUCCGAAUUGCCAGAUGUGGAACCAGAAGCAACCAGUACGUCCACUGAACCAUCUACACCAGAAACAACCAGUACGUCCACUGAAUCAACUACAACAAUUGAAACCACAACGGAGGAUCAACCGGAUGAACCCGAUUCGGAUGAAGAUCCUGAACCCGAUGGAGCAAUUAAUGUUACAUUCUCUUCUUUACUAUUAGUCAUUACAUUAUUAGUAACCUUUAUGUAAAUCUAACGCGGUAUAAAUUGUAUAACUCGUCUUCAUUAAGAGAAUUUAUUCUGAUACGCGCAGAAAGUACAAUACACGCAUCUACAUCCAAAUUUUGAAUCUACGGUAUCAUUUUAUAAAUACAUGCAAGUUGUUUACUAUGCAUCUCUCAAUCAAUCAACGCUUAUAAAAAAUACUAUAAAUAUGUAUAACAACGGCAGAGAUAUUAUAUUCUGUACAUAAAUAUACAAUCUGGCUGAAAACUGACAGUCUGAUUAGAUAACUCUUA